AUGGGGUUUUGUAUUCUGAGUCUCUUAAAUCUCUUUGCCUUUCUCAUUUUUACAUCAGUGCAGGCAAGAGGAUCUGUGCAUGCAAGAGGAGUCAGAGGACUCAAUAAAUACAGUUUUAAUCGGAAUUACAAUAUCACUUGGGGACAUAAGAAUGUCUUAUUACUAAACCAAGAAACUGAAGUACAACUUUCUAUGGACCAAAAGUCAGGUUCUGGAUUUGAGUCCUACAAUCACUACAAAUCUGGACUCUUUCAUAUGAGGAUUAAACUACCAGAAAAGAACUCGAUUGGGAUUGUUACAGCUUUCUAUCUAUCUUCACCACGUUCAGCAGUUAACGACAAGCAUGACGAGCUCGACUUUGAGUUCUUGGGUAGUAAUGGACCACCUUAUUCAUUACAAACCAAUGUGUUUGUCAAUGGUCAAGGGGGUAGAGAGCAAAAGAUUAAACUUUGGUUUAAUCCCACAAAACGCUUCCAUUCUUACAAAAUUCUUUGGAAUCAAUUUCGAGUAGUGUUUUAUGUGGAUGACAUUCCUAUCAGAGUGUUUAAGAACAAUGCAAAAAUUGGAGCGAGUUACCCAUCAAAGCCAAUGCGAGUAAUAGGAAGCCUAUGGAAUCCAGAAGGUUGGGCAUCUAAUGGGAUCAAAACUGAUUGGAGUCAAGCACCCUUCAAGGCCAAAUUUCAAGAUUUCAAGAUUCAUGGCUGCACACUGCAAACCGGAGGCAAUAAGAAUUGUCAUUCUUCAAAGCUCUGGUGGAAUAGUAAGAAAUACCAGAGUCUAAACGUUCGAGAGCAAAGAGUAUAUCAAAAUGUAAGGAGGAAGUACAUGACUUAUGAUUAUUGUUCUGAUAGGUCAAGGCACCCUAAAACCCCACCAGAAUGCCGAAGAAACAAAUAG